AUGGCUCGUACAGCUCUUUUCUCUACUCUAUUGCUUGCUCUCGGAGCUUCCGCUCAAGUUCAGAGCAAAUGGGGUCAAUGCGGUGGUGAAGAUUACGACGGCCCGAGAGUUUGCCCCGGGACGUAUCACUGCACGGCCGGAAACCGCUGGUACUCGCAGUGCGUCCCAGUCCCGGGUAGCCCCGACGAUACCGCCAUCGCCAAUGCCCCCGACGCCCCCCUCCAAACCACCAGUUUCCAAACCGUCGUCACCAUCACCGUCAUCGCGGAGGAAACAGUCGCCCCCACCGUAGUAACAACCUACAUCACCUUCGUCACACCCGAGCCCACCCCGCCCCCCGUCACAGAAGCUCGCACCAUCACCCUCAUCCCCGACACCCCUAUCGUGCCCAAGCGACGCCACGAAGAACCCGCCCAAGCCCCCCCGGCGCAGAAACGCGAACCCCUACCCGCCCCGGCUCCCGAAGAGGCCGGCACCCCGACUCCAACGCAGCUGAAAGACGGGCAGCUCUGGAUCCGCGCCGUCACCGCCCCGCAUUUCCACGAUUACCUCCAGACCAACCCCCAAAACGAGCCCGGCACCGCCAUCCUAGGACCCAAGGGAUCCGCGGGACAGUAUAACAUUGUCGACGGCCAACUCAUCAGCGGCGGCAGCGAGGAGAAACUUUACCUGCACGUCGAGAAGCCCGAUGAUCUCACCCAGAGGAAACUCGCUACGUGGUUUAACACGACGGAGAACGAGUUUGGAAAGUUUGAGUUUAGUGGCGAUGCUGUCACUUGGUCGGCUCCGGAUGUGAAGAGGGAGAAUUUGGCGGCUUGGCUGGCGUGUGAGAAGAAUGAGCUGUUCAUUAAUACUGGGGCAUAUGCGUAUAAUACGCCCGCUGGAUGCAGCGACCAUACAAUACACUACUACAAUGGCGCCACUACUGAUUAG